GGCCGCGGCGGCGGGGCCGUCUCAGGCCGCCGUCCCGCCCCUCCCGUCCGGCCGCCGCCGCCGCCGCCGCCGCCGCCGCCUGGGGCUUGGUUGAGGCGGACGGUGGGUCCGGGCCCGAGAGUGGCGCCGCCGCCGCUGCGCGAAGGGGCAAGCGGGCAGUCAGAAAAUGGGUAAGAAGAGUCGAGUGAAAACGCAGAAAUCAGGCACUGGUGCCACAGCAAGUGUGUCGCCGAAGGAAACCUUGAACCUGACCAGUGAGCUGUUACAGAGGUGCAGUAGCCCCGCACCCGGCCCGGGGAAGGAAUGGGAGGAGUACGUGCAGAUCCGGUCUCUCGUCGAGAAAAUACGGAAAAAACAAAAAGGUCUGUCUGUUACUUUUGAUGGAAAAAGAGAAGAUUACUUUCCCGACCUAAUGAAGUGGGCCUCUGAAAAUGGAGCCUCUGUCGAGGGUUUUGAAAUGGUCAACUUCAAAGAAGAGGGCUUUGGUUUGAGAGCAACAAGAGACAUCAAGGCAGAAGAAUUAUUUUUGUGGGUUCCACGAAAAUUACUAAUGACCGUUGAAUCUGCUAAAAAUUCAGUGUUGGGGCCCUUAUAUUCUCAAGACCGGAUUCUUCAAGCUAUGGGAAAUAUCACACUGGCCUUUCAUCUGCUGUGUGAGCGAGCCGACCCUAACUCUUUCUGGCAGCCCUACAUUCAGACCCUCCCCAGCGAAUAUGACACUCCUCUCUACUUUGAAGAGGAUGAAGUUCGGGACCUUCAGUCCACACAAGCCAUCCAUGAUGUCUUCAGCCAGUAUAAGAACACAGCCCGGCAGUACGCCUACUUCUAUAAGGUCAUCCAGACCCAUCCUCAUGCCAACAAACUGCCCUUGAAGGACGCUUUCACUUACGAGGACUACAGGUGGGCAGUCUCUUCUGUGAUGACGCGACAAAACCAGAUUCCCACGGAGGACGGUUCCCGGGUGACCCUGGCGCUGAUUCCUUUGUGGGAUAUGUGCAAUCACACCAACGGCCUGAUCACCACCGGCUACAACCUGGAAGACGACCGAUGCGAGUGUGUGGCCCUGCAGGACUUCCGGGCUGGAGAGCAGAUUUACAUUUUUUAUGGCACUCGGUCAAAUGCAGAGUUUGUGAUCCACAGUGGUUUUUUCUUUGACAAUAAUUCACACGACAGAGUGAAAAUAAAGCUGGGAGUGAGUAAGAGUGACCGACUCUACGCCAUGAAGGCCGAGGUCCUGGCCCGCGCCGGCAUCCCCACUUCCAGUGUGUUUGCGCUGCAUUUUACCGAGCCGCCCGUCUCUGCCCAGCUCCUGGCUUUUCUCCGCGUAUUCUGCAUGACUGAAGAAGAAUUGAAAGAACAUUUGCUGGGAGAUAAUGCUAUAGACAGAAUCUUCACCUUGGGUAAUUCCGAGUAUCCCGUCAGCUGGGACAAUGAGGUCAAACUUUGGACAUUUCUUGAAGAUCGAGCCUCGCUUCUUUUAAAAACCUACAAAACAACCAUUGAGGAAGACAAGGCCUUCUUGAAAAACCACAACCUUUCUGUGCGCGCAACAAUGGCCAUCAAGCUGCGCUUAGGAGAAAAGGAGAUUUUGGAGAAAGCGGUGAAGAGCGCGGCCGCCAACCGGAAGUACUACCGCAAGCAGAUGGAGGCGGGGGCCCCGCUGCCCCGGUGCGAGGAGAGCGGCGCGGGGGGCUCCAGGCUGCCCUUGGCCUUGAGGAGCCUGGAGGAGGAGGCCGGCGCCCACGAGGCCCUCACCCUGGCCGAGGCCGUGGGCGGGGCGAAGGCCGUGGAGAAUGGGCUCGUGAACGGCGAGAACUCUAUCCCCAACGGGACCGGGGCGGAGAAGGAAAAUUUAAAUCGGGAGGAAAGCCGGAGAGCGGCCGAGGGCACCAAAGAAUCGUGUGCAGACGGCACGGAGGGCGCCAGGGAGCAGCAGCCCCGCGGAGGUGCCGUCUGCACCGAGCUGAGCUGAGCGGAAGUUCAUGGACCGUCCAGUUGCAUCGCCGUGCUCCCUUGUUCACGUUUUUUCUUUCCGCAGAGAGGAAAAUAUGUUUUUGCUGCUUUAUAUAAAAAUGAUUUUUUUUUAAGUUAUUUAAAAAAAAUCUAGCUUCCCUUUUUGAUUAAGAUAGCCAUCUUGCUUCUGGGCCAAACAAACAGGUUGCCGGGCCUCGACGGCAGACCGGGCAAGGGGUGCUUUGGCAGCCCCUGUAGACCCACUGUGGGCACCCGUGUUUUCUACCCGGGGACGCACGCAGGUCGGCCGUCAGCCGUGCUCUGGCGGGUCUGGCCCCCUGCCAGCCGCGGCGGCAGCCUCUCUGCCCCCUGCCAGCAGGACGGGGUGACGCGCUCCGGGUGCUCAGCGCAGGCCGGGCUCCAGGUUUGGCAGCUGGAGGUUCGGGGCGACAUCUUUUUUUUUUCCUUAAAAUAACGCCCCGGUACUGAAAGAAAGGUUAAGGUGGCAACCUUAUUUUUAAUAGUUUUAAAUGUUGGUGAUAAUCCUAAUUAUAUAAAUACACACACACACACACACACACACCACACACAGCCCUAGUGAUUUCUAAAGAUUUGUUUACCUUUUGUGUUUGGUUUUACCGUAUGAAGAACUUGCCCCCUCUCCUUGAAUCACCGUAGGACAUGCAUCCUCCUUCUCAUUUUAAAUGUUGGCUCUGAUUUUAACGUGGUGCGUUUGAUUUCCCGCGUCGGUCACGGAGGGUCUGUGGCGGCGGCGGGGCCUCAGCUCUCCGGGGCCGCGUGCACAGCGAGGCGGCUCCCCGGCUCUUCGGUUUUCACAAGCUAGAGAUUUUCAAAGCUACACUUUUGAGUAAAAAGCCUUAUUAAAAGGAAAACAUGAUUAA